CUGUGGUUCGAUUCAGUGGUCGGCCCUUAACCUCAAUCCCGCGUCAUCGAACUGUCAUGGGUGUCACGUCACAAUUACGAGAUCAGCGGCAGCGAGAUUUUGAAUAUAGAUAUAGAUUUUGAGAGCAAUAAUUGGGGCGUACGCUUCGGUGCUUUCGCAACGGUGCGAUGACAGCUGCCGAUUGAUCAUCGAGCUAGAGAAAGGUGUAAACGUCGUAUAAUUAUGUCCAACGACAAUGCCACUUUGCCGAAAGCUCCGAAAGACUUGUGCUUCUCCGAGCUCGAUUUCGUACAGGAGAACUUCGAUGUCGACACGUUCCUGCAGGAUCACAGGAAGGAUGGCAAACUGGAGACGAUGCGGGACGACCUGGGCAUGUACUUGAAGUUACUGAGGUCGGCUAUGAUCGAUCUGAUUAACAGGGAUUACACGGAUUUCGUGAACCUGUCCAGCAAUUUGAUCGGACUGGACAAGGCCAUCAAUGAUUUGCAAGCGCCGCUUGGACAGUUGAAGGAGGAAGUUAUGCAAGUGCGACAAGCUCUGGAUGAUGAAGUUACAGCCAUUUCGGCCAAUUUAAAUGACAGUCUGAAGAUGAGGGAACGCAAGCAGAGUUUGCACAGCUUGCAACACGUGUACAAGUCCCUGAGGAAACUUUCCUCCAUAUUGUGCAUGAAAACGUUUAUGGAGAACCCCACAAAAAUCGAUAUUCUGGAGCAGGCCGCGAUUGAAUUGAAUCAAUUAAAAUUCCACAUGUCUAGGUGUAAAUCAGAUAUCUCGGUUGAACAACAGAAGGAAACUGUAGAGUUAGAAAAGCUGUAUCUAAGAUGCCUGAACGAGUUGUUCCUGGCGUGUAUACACGAGAAGAAUUCACAUUUGGCGAUCCGCUGCCUUAGAAUUUAUCUUACGCUCGACAAAAUAACAAACGCCGAAGAGCUAGUCAGGCACGAGCUGGUCAGGCCAUUAAUUUACAACGUGGUUAACGAGGAGAAUCUUCACACUGACCCGCUUGGCCUCCAAAGUAUUUAUCAUAGAUUACUGAAUAUUUUGAGUGUGGAAUUGAAACAGCUGUUAGACAUCACGUUACAUCCCGAGAGAAUGUCCGUGAAGGGAUUUAACUUUCUGGUGAACAGCUUUUGGGUUGAAAUCGAAGAGAAGAUCGAGCAGUAUAUAAAGUCCAUUUUCGCCCCGGGAGAUCCGGUGCUAUUUCAUAAAAGGUACACGGCUACGUUAGAGUUUCUAACGAAGUUGGAGGCGGAGUGCGUUACGCCUGAAAUUUUGGCGGCGCUGAGGGGUCAUCCGCAAUACAAGAGUUUCCUCAAGAAGUGGAAUUUGCCGGUGUACUUUCAAAUUCGGUUUCAAGAGAUCGCCGGCACCGUGGAGGCGGUGUUAUCCGAGCCGAUUUCGCCGGAUUCGGUCAAAGGUAAUCUGACGUCUCUGACGCGAAAGGAUUUCUCGCUUCAUGCUACCGAUGUGGUUUGGGAUAAUCUGCUAAGGAUUUGGGCCGACGAUGUCUAUUUGUAUCAGCUGUUUCACAGGUUCUGGAAACUCAGCCUUCAAAUAAGCUCGAGGUAUCAAACUUGGUGUCAGAGUGCAAUGAAACAGGUAUGGCCAGUGAUAAACGAAACCAAUAAUUCAAAUGACUCGGAGCGUUCGACGAGAUUAAACUUUCUAGUGUAUUUGUACAUAGACGUGGAAAAAUUGAUAAAUGCCCUACCAUCUUUCCUGCAAAUGGUACAGUUAAAAAUUAAAGAUGAGAAUGUUACAAUAUCGAAACUGUUAGAAGACUCUCUGGGUGAAACGUCGAAGAGUUUAACCAAUCUAUUACCUAUAGUUACAAAAGAAAUCGUGAAUGAGCUCUCGGAGCAGUGUGUGACACACUUGAAGCAAGUCAGCGAUAUUCCUCGAUUGUUUAGAAGGACAAAGCGAGACGUGCCGACUAAACCUUGUCCUUAUGUGAAGAGCGCAAUGGUUCCCCUCACCAAUUUUUAUACGGAUUACAGCAAGAUCAUUCCCGAAAAUAUUAUUCUUUGGUUGGAGCUAACUUUAUCCUCGCUAACAAAAAGUUAUUUACUAUUCGUUACGGAUGUGCUGACGUCUGUACAAAAGACUGAGGAGAGUUUAAGGAGGUUGAAGAAGAUUCGUGAUAAAUCCACCGGAAUUCUUCCUGCGGAACCACAGGGAACCAGCGACGACGAAAAAAUACGCAUUCAACUUAAAGUGGAUGUGAACGGUUACACAAAUAUGGUCAAAGAUCUUAAUAUCUCGACCGCCAACAUACACUAUCUGCAAGAGUUGGUAGAUGCUGUAGAAGCAGCCGUUAAGAAAUAAAAUUUUACCAGCAAUAAUUGUUAAUCAUUGUCGCAAAAUGUACAAUUCAGGAACAACUCAAAGACACCGUCAAUUAGUAAGUGACUGUAAAAAGUUGAAAAGCUUUAAAAGUAGAAUAACAUCUCAAAUGCGAACCGUUUUAAGCAAAUUGGUAUCAAGUAACCGAGUUAAAUAUUCAUUAUUUAUAAUCAUAUGUAAGAAUUUUAUUUUGUUGUACAAUAUUCCUUCUAUACAAAAUGUACAUAAAGCAUCUUUGCACAAAAUUUCCGUUAUUUCUACACUGUCUCGUAUUUUCUCGAAUCACGUUACGACGGAAUCGUUCUCGAAAUAAUCGGUGAAAAA